CCAUACACAGUCCACCCCAACGUAAAAAUGCAGAAGUUCAGAGGGAGCUUUAUCACUUCCUGAGAAAGAACAGAUGCAGUUUGGUUUCAUUUACAUGAACUGUAGAGGCUCCUUGUGCUAGCCAGGCUGCUUUAUUUUAUGGGGUUUUUUUAUUCCUUUCUUUUUUGCCUAAAUAUUGUUUUGUGCUUAGGCGGAGGAUCAAGUUGAAGCGUUUCACUCUGCUCGUGAGGAAGCAGCAUCCUUGAAGAGCAAGUUGGAGGAAGCCAUUUCUGAGCAGCAGAAGCUCAGGGAUGUGAAUGCAGCUUUAGCAAGCACUUGCCAGUUGCUUCAGGAGAAGGUGGAAGACCACAAAACAACUGCUAAUGCCCUGAGAUGGGAACUGCUGCAGAGGAGGCUCUGUGAAUUGGUGUGCCAGUGCUGUGCAGAGUUAGAAUCUGACUACACUCUGCUGCCCACGCCAGCUGAACACGUGAAAAGGAAGCAGCUCCAUUGCUCCAAACGACCAUGGAGUGAAGGACCCACCUUGUACUCUGACUUUCCCUGGGCACUGCCCUCGGGUGUUUCAUACUGGCACAGCUCUCCUCUGCUAGAUGCUCUGACCUUGGAGAUCUCCUGCCCAAAUAACCCUCCUGGGCACAGCUGGGACCAGCCUUGCAGGCAGAGCCCUGGCAGCUGCACCUUGGAGAGGUGUGAUGUGGGGCAUGAGUCCAGCUCAGAUGUGACAUCAGGAGAAGGCAGGUGGAAAAUAUGCUCUGCUGAUGACUACACUGAUGCAGACCUUCCUGUUUCCAUUACAGUGAUGGACUCUUCACUUGCCGAGAUUGACCGUGGGGAGCCGACACCAGCAGCCACUCCGAUCCCAUCCAGUGAUCACUUAACAUCAGCCCCAGAAGCUCUUGCAUCCUCAGUGGAAAGCACAGCACCAGCACCGGGCUGCCUUGUUAUGGAGGAAGGAUCAUCCAAGGGCUUGCAUGAGAGAGGGGAAGAUGUGCCAGCCGCUGUGGCAACAGAGACAAACGGCGAGAAGGACCCAGCUGCUCCCGGGUCAGGGCCAAGUCAGGUCAAGAAGGAAUCCUGCCUGGUGGUGGAAGAACACAAACCUGUGUUUGAGAAUGUUUUGAAGCAAGACCUGGAGGUGGAGCAGGAAAAGAAAAAUAAUAAGGAAUGGGGCGAGGAAGCACCAGCUGUGGUUCCCAGCAGGAAAGGGAGUUCACCCCCUGCAGGUGGCAUUAAAGGAGAUAAAACCAAGCAAAACGAGCCCGACUCCCCAAAUGAGAAAGAAGUGGAGGCUGAAUUUCUGAGGCUGUCUUUAGGUUUUAAGUGUGACUUGUUUACCUUGGACAAAAGAGUGAAGCUUGAAGAGAGGUCCCGAGACUUGGCAGAAGAAAACUUGAAAAAGGAGAUCACAAAUGCUGUGAAGAUGUUAGAGGCACUAGUUCCUUUGUGUGAAGAGGAUAACCAAGCGCAAGAGAUCAUUAAGAAGCUGCAGAAAAGCCUGCAGUUCCUCAGCCAAUAUGCAGCUCGAGUCGCCAGCAGAGCAGAGAUGUUGGGAGCUAUUAAUCAGGAGAGGCGGGUGAGCAAGGCUGUGGAGGUGAUGAUCCAGCACGUGGAGAACCUGAAGCGCAUGUACGCCAAAGAACACGCCGAGCUGGAGGAGCUCAAGCAGCUCCUGCUCCAGAACGAGAGGUCCUUCAGCUCCCUUGGAGACAGAGAUGAAUCUAUGAAUAAGAAGCUACCAAGUCCUUUUAACUUUAAGCCCUCGUCAACCCUGCGGAGAGUUAGCAUUGCCACAGUGCCCAGGAGUGUUGGGAAUGCAGGGAUUGGGGUGCCACUGGCCCAGUUCCAUGAAACUGAUGGGGAUGAACGGAGUGACAGAUUCAGCAGGAGAUCAAGCAGCUGGGGCAGGCUAGGGGUGAAGCAGAACGAGAAGCGUCCUUCGCUGCAGAGGUUCCUCAGCACCUAUUCCUGGGCAGAGUACGAAGAGGAGCAUUUUGAAACCAAAAAUGAGCAGUUGGAGUCACCCGCUGAAGUACAGGAACAACCAACUAGGAAGGAAAGUGUCUCUGAGAAAGGAAAAUGCCCAUCCAAGUGGACCCUGGAGUCAACGUGCAGUUUGAUGGCAGCAUGGGCAUCCCACUUCAAGGCUUCCUUCUGCCACGCCAACAAAACCCUCUGGGUGUCGGUGUCCAUGCUGGUGCUGCUGGCUGCUCUCACCAGCUUCCUGACGGGGCUGUCCCUGCAGAGGCCAGCAGAUGCAGCCCCUGUGGGCACUGGGGACUCCUGGACAUCCCUGCAGCAGCUGCUGUGGCCCUACACAGGACUGCAGCACCACGGCCCUCCCCCGGUAUAACCCCGGCCCCGCUGCAGGACAAGAGAGGCUGGCAGUAUUGCAGGGCACAUGCUGGGUCUGUUUUGCUGGGUUCAAGGUAUUUUGUGGGGGGAGAUGAAUUUUUUUUUUUUUAAAGCAUGACUUGAAAUGGAAAAAAAAGUAUCUUUUUCCCAUUCUGACUAAAGUAAUCUUUAAAAGUA